GCGUUGCGUGUUUGAAAGCGGGGUUUGUUCAUAAGUAGAGAACAUGGAAAAGUUUAUUCUCACUCUCCAUCAAAACCAGUUCUUGUGUUGUUGAGAUGGCGACCACCGGCAGCUCCUCGGCCUCUGACAGGAUGUACUCCCAACUAGUAGACGAGGGGAGUUAUGAGGAGUCCAGACCAGAUGUGCAUCAGAGCGAUUACCCAGUCAAAGACCUGCGGCGGAGUGGCCCGGGUCCAUACCGCUUUGCCACCAUCUGCCUGGCUACACUCUGUGCUAUCCUCCUGAUCUCAAUCAUAGCUGUCACCGCUCACUAUAAGAACAAACCCUCGCCUGGUGCUGAAGCAACUGCAGAGAUGCAGAAGGAGAAUGCAAAUGUUUCAGCAUUGAUGGCGUUAAUCACGAAACUCCAGAAGGAGAAUAAACAACUUCAGAAAGAAAAGGAAGAGCUGCAGGUGAACCUUACCUCCAUAAUGACAGCCAAAGCCACUGCAACCACAGCUAAACCGACCAGAGCCCCUAUUGUGUGUCCUACGGACUGGCGUCUCUUCAACGACAGCUGUUACCUCAUUUCUAAAGAUAGAAAAAGUUGGACUGGCAGCCGAAUAUACUGUCAAAGACAAGGAGGUCAUCUGGCCAUUAUCCUAACAGCUCAAGAGCAGACCUUUUUGUGGGAUCUCCUUCCCAGAGGACACUGGAACUCAUACUGGUUUGGAAUCACAGACGGAGAGACAGAGGAUGAGUGGAAAUGGGUCGACGACACUCCGCUAGUUGGAGGUUUCUGGGAGGAAAACGAGCCCAAUAACCACAUAAAUGAGGACUGCGGUUACAUCGUCAAGACGGAGGUGUUGGAACGUGUGGCGACAAAGAGCUGGGUGUAAUCCGCCUCUCAUCUAAUGACUGCAGGAGACAGCAGGUAAAUGAUAUUUCAUUUCUUUAAAGUCCCACUUGCCUAUUACUUACACAAAACAAAUCUAAAUCCCUCUGUGAGACCUAUAUCCCGUCUUCCGUGUGACUCUGUCCUCUCUCUGUGUUCUCAAAGUGGACUAAGAGCGUCACUGAAUGAAGAGGCCAAAAGGGGAGAGAGUUAGAGUGCAGGGUUUUACUCCUGAGCUCGUUACAACUGAGAGAUACCAGGAAGUAAGAUAGCCCUCUUCUGUCCCAGUUCAUUAGCCUGGAUUACAGUUUGAGACUUACUGCAGGAGAGUGGGAUAGAGCAGCACAGCAGCUCUUCACUCAAACUGUGAAACAAAUGGAGCAAGAAAUCUCCAUUUCAGUUCUGUUUCUGGAAAUUAGGCUCAGACUCGUUGUAAUGAGAAAUGUAUCAUUGCCACAAGACUUUUAACGCAGCACCUACUGCUUGCUGUGUUCAUGCUUUCUCUAUAACUAAGGGAGAAAAUUAUUUGACAAAUUUUUUUUGAAAAAAAGGUCUAAAAACAUUUUAAAAUUGAUGCAUGAUAUUACAUUUCCUCAAUGCAAAUUUCCUCCUGACAGUAGAUGGGUUUUUACCAGUCUAGUCAUCAUUUCCUCCCUCUAUCACUAAGAAAACUGGAUGCUCUGUUGUCCUUUAUUAUGUCUGUUCAAGAAGUCAAUCGACUGACAAAAGAAAACAGAGAGUCAGCAUCUUUACCUUGGAGAAGAGCUAGAAAUUUUUGACAAUGGAUUUAAGAAACCUAAAAAUAAUACUGCAUUUCCCUAAAUCAACUAAGAAAGAACAGUAUUGUUUGACAUGUUACAUGAAAAAAAUAUGAAAUGUAGAUAUUAAAUGCAAUAAUCUGCUUUCACCCAAAAAAAUUAUAUUUUUUGUUAAACAGAUUAAGGGCACAGCGUUCAUUUGACCCUCAUUUCACCUUCCUAUUAGAAAGCAUUUGUUGGCUUGUUCUGUUUUACUGUUUAUUCCAAGCCAACUAGAAACCCAUUACAACACAAUAUGAUGUAAUUUCUUUGCACUUGGUAUGAAAAAAGAGAAAGACAAAUAAAUAUAUUGCACUGUAAAAUAUGGAAAGAAAAGCAGCAACAAAAAGAACAAGACAUAGGAAAGACGUAGGAUGAAGGAAAACAUUUACUCCCACAUUACCGACCAUCAGACCUCCUUUUCAACAGCCUUGUGACUAGUCCAUUAUAUCUUGAUUUAAAUUGAAGAAUCUGUGGACAUUGUUUAAACUGUGUCCCCAGUCAGUUCCAAAGUUUAACUCCACAUAUAGACACACACAAACACCACUUGCAUCUUGAAGCUACCACGGCCCCUCAUUUAACCUCUUCUCUUUGUGUAAAAAUAUUUUAAAUAUUUGUAGGUAGUGCAUUUUUAUUGGCUUUAUAUAGAAGUUUUACCCCAAAAGGUUUUACAAAAUAAAAAAAAAGUCAACAAUUUUUGCUGCCAGAAUAAGGAAGGCAUGAUCAAAAGAUCCUAUUUUAUAUACAAUUUUCCCAGCAUGUAUUUGGAGAGAAGAUAGAGUAAACUAAUAUUUCCCACAAAUUUCUAUACAAAAACUCACAAGAGCAACAUUGAUGAUCAAUAUAAUAAGUGCUAUGCAUUAUUUUCUAAGAAAUGUUUAGCCUUUUUAAUAAUUGAGACACCUUUAGAAACUUUUCUUGUAUCUGAUGUGUGGUUUCCAACUUAAUUUGCUCUCGGUAGUCUUUCCCAAGAAUUACAUUUUUGAUACAGUAUCUAUAUUGUUAUUGUUAUAUUAUUAUAUACACUAUCUAUAUUGGUGUAUAUACUCAGUAGCUAUACCAAGUACACUAUGUGAAUUUGUGUUUUACAUUACUUUGGUAUUAAAGCUUUUCUGUAAUGCAAUUUUAAAAGUUGAGCAACUUCAUCUCUCACCGAUAUAGUGGAAAGAUAAAGAAGUUAAAUUUUCAUUCCUUGUGAAUUUCUCUUUUUUCUCCCAAAAGUGGAAUGAUAAAGAGGUGUAUGUAAAGUUGUAGAGACAGAUUACUUUAUUAUAAUAAUGUUUUUCUUGUCAAAAAUCAAAUGUACUGUGUUAGUCAACUUAUCCAGAACCUGAAAAGCACAGAGGGAUGGUUCAGUUUCCUUCCUUACUCUGGAUGGAUCGCCAGUUCAACACGGAAACAAAAGGGAUAACUGUUCAUGGACUCACUCAACCUUUAAGGAUCACAUCACAGAACAGCAAGUGCAACACUGAGACAAAGGUUUUGUGAUCAGAUUAAACUUAAUGCUAAAGACAAACAUGCAUAAAGUGCUCAUUCGGGAAGAGUUUAGUUUGACUUGCAGCAGGUUUUAUUUUUAGACUGCAUCACGUGAGCCUGAGGAAAGAGAUAAACAUUUCACAAGUGUUUUAACGUCUUAGGCAAACAAAGAGCCAGCUGGAACACUUUCAAGAGAAUACAAUUAGUCUUAACUGAUGAUGUCCAUACUUGAUUUGCUAGUGUUCUGGUGUUUGUAAUAGAAAGUCAACAAAUAAAGACAACCAGAGUAAAUACAAAAUUCAGGCAUGUCUUUUUGUUGUAUCAUGAAAUAGUCGUGAUAAAUCGUGUCUUUCAACCAGUUUCACUAGCCAUACCAACGUUUGAUUACUGCCAGACUUGCAGAUUUUGUAAAAAAAA